AUGGUGUUCAAAAGGAAGCUAGACUGCGUCUCUGUUGCUUUUGAUUACCCUAAUAUCCCCAAGGCUCCUCGUUCAUGCAGGAGAAAAGUCCUUAACAAGAGGACCGAUGCAAUGGACUUGCUUGCUUCUCUAGCAGGCAAGUUGCUAGAGGAAUGCGAGAGUUCCUCAGCGUCUUCCAACGCAUUUGAAGGGAAUACCCACAAUCAUUUCGGUAAAGAGAUUAAACAAGAAGACCAUGACAACAAGCCUUUUAAAUCUAAGUCCUCUGACCAAGGAAACAACUCUGUCUCAAGGCCUAACACUAGCGAGAAGACGUGUGUGGUGAACAGUUUUUCAUUUCCUGAUGACGGCGUUUUGGAGCGGACUCCUGUGUGUGAAACCAAGAACGUCAAAUCUGAAGGCAUCAUUGAGGAGGCACAUGAUGUUAAUGUGGAUAUUGGUUUUGGAGAAGUAGAAGCAACCGGUGGCUUGGUCGCUGAUACUUGCAACUUAACUGCAUUAGAUGUGCAGUUUCCUAAAUCAGUAUGCGUGGAUGGUGAGCUAAAAUCACCAUCUCGCGUGAAUGGUUCCCUUGCUAGACAAGGGAACCAUACUAACCUAGGUAGAGAUGAUGAUGAAAAGUUAUAUAGUUACCAUAAGUUUAGCAAUAAGUUUAAGUAUAGGUCUCCAACGGUUCGAAGAAUAAGAAAGUCUCUGUCAUCCAAAUACUGGAAACAAGUUCCUAAGGACUUUGGACACUACAGAGCUGAUACUGGCAUAAAGGCUCUGUACCGUAAAAGGAAGUCAAGUUAUGGAUACAACGCAUGGCAGCGUGAGAACAUUUACAAGAGGAGAAGAUCACCGGACAGAAGCUCGGUUGUAACUUCUGAUGGAGGACUCAGUAGUGGAAGUAUUUCAAAGUUACCUGAGAAGCGAGAUUCAGUGAAGCUAAGUAUCAAGUCCUUUAGGAUUCCAGAGCUUUUUAUUGAAGUUCCAGAAACGGCAACAGUAGGAUCACUAAAGAGGACUGUGAUGGAAGCUGUCAGUGUUUUACUCAGCGGUGGAAUACGUGUUGGUGUUGUAGUCCAUGGAAAGAAGGUCAGAGAUGACAAGAAAACUCUGUCACAAACUGGGAUCUCUUGUGAAGAGAAUCUAACCAACCUUGGGUUCACCUUGGAGCCUUGUCCCAGCAAAGUUCCCCUGCCUUUGUGUUCCGAGGAUCCUGUUAUACCAAUCGAGCCUACAAAUUUGUCUGAACGGUCUGCAGCUCAACCCACGUUAGAUACUGAAACUCCACAAGCGGAUGUUGUGGAGAACAACCUCGAGUUAGUUCCAUAUCAGAAGGAGAUGAUACCUGUUGUUGAACAACCAUCAACAGAUUCAAAAGCUCUUGUUCCAGUUCCUCCCUUGGAAGUUGAUGCGCUUGCCAUAGUUCCGUUAAACCAGAAACCUAAGCGCACUGAGCUUGCUCAGCGUAGAACCAGAAGACCCUUCUCAGUGACAGAGGUAGAAGCUCUCGUACAAGCAGUUGAAGAACUGGGAACCGGGAGAUGGCGUGAUGUGAAACUACGUGCUUUCGAGGAUGCAGAUCAUCGAACCUACGUGGACUUGAAGGACAAGUGGAAGACUCUGGUUCACACAGCGAGUAUAUCACCGCAGCAAAGAAGAGGAGAGCCUGUGCCACAAGAACUGCUAGACAGGGUCUUGAGAGCAUACGGGUAUUGGUCACAGCGUCAAGGAAAGCAUCAGGGAAGAGGAGCAAACAAAGAUCUUGACGUGAACAGAGGUAGAGCUAUUGAAUCAGGUGUUUCAGUGUAA